CUUUGGCGAGCAGCUGGAGGCAGCAAAGGGCGGCUGCGAGGAGGCCGGAGACGGUUCCUGCAUCAACCCGGAGCCAGCAGGAGUGAGGAUCCGGACCCCCUUCUGUGGGGAGCGGAGGGGACUGGGCGUUUCCCACCACCCAGCAAGAACCGGGCUUGAUCUCCCCGGUAGUUUUGCCAUUCUGUGCCUUCAAACACUACUUGGCAAAAGGGAAAGCGAUCCUUUGGCCGUGUUGGACACUGCCUUGAUGUACGAAGUGAAAUGGAGGAACAGGACCUAGCUGGCCCUGAAAUAGAAACGUCUCCUGAGACCAUUCAGGAUGGGAGCAGUGGAGAAUUCUGGGGAACUGUGCAGAAGAUCCAGGGUGAGGACGAUCCCAGCUCAGAAUUACGUCGCCACAGCUUCCGGCAGUUCGGCUAUGAAGAAGCCGAGGGGUCCCGGAAGGCUUGCAGCUGCCUCCACAAUCUCUGCUGUCAGUGGCUGAAGCCAGAGCAACACACGAAGACUCAUAUCUUGGACCUGGUUGCCCUGGAGAAAUUCCUGACUGUCCUUCCCCCGGAGAUGAAGAGCUGGGUGAAGGAAUGUGGAGGAGAGACCAGUUCCCAGGCGGUGGCCCUGGCAGAAGGAUUCCUCCUAAGCCAGGCGGAGGACCAGAAGCAGGAAGAGGAGCAGGACCUAUUUCCUAAGGAGGCCACUGAUAUCGCCGAGGCGCAAAUAAUUCCAUCAGAACCCAGUCAGAGGCUGCUGUCUGGGUGGAUCUUGCAGGAUGGCGACAGAGAAGCCACCUCAUUAGGAGGUGGACAAAGGAUGCAGGAAGUAUGUGCUGGUUCAUCUCUUCGUUGCGAUCUGCUUGGAACAGCUUCUGGGAGACUGGAUCAGGUGACCUUUGAGGAGGUGGCUGUCCGUUUCAACCAGGGGGAGUGGGCUCUGCUGGAUCCGGACCAAAGAGCCCUGCACAGAGAAGUCAUGGAGGAGAUUUGUGGCAUCAUGGCCUCUCUGGGCGGUGAUGGGCUGGACAGUGAGAAUGAAGGAGAGUCAAGCCAGAAGUCACUGGAAAGAGCUGAAUAUAAGCAUGAGACCGAGGAGAGAAGAAAAACUGAAGCAAAAGAGGAAAGGAGGAAUGGAGCCUGCAUUUCUCAGGGUGGUGACAACUCCGAAAUCCCAGUCCAAGAAAGAAUAUGCAAAGGAAAGGAAAGGAACCAGUGUGUUGUGUGUGGGAAAAGCUUCAAUUUUAAAUCAACUCUCAAUAAACAAACAGGAGGGACACUGUAUAAAUGCUGUAGCUGUAGAAAAAGUUGUAGUAUUAGGACGCACCCCACUUCCCAUGAAAAACCCCACACAAGGAAGAAAACGUUUAAAUGCCUGGAGUGUGGAAAGAUCUUCAAUCAAAGUGAAGAACUUAUGGCACACCAAAUCAUUCACACAGGGGAGAAACCAUUUAAAUGCUUCGUGUGCGGAAAGAGCUGCACCCGGCGCUCAGAUCUUAUUUCACACCAAAAAAACCACACAGGGGAGAAACCCUUUAAAUGCCUGGAGUGUGGAAGUAGCUUCAAUCGGAGCUCAAACCUCAUGGCACACCAAAGAAUCCACACAGGAGAGAAACCAUUUCAGUGCUUGGAGUGUGGAAAGAGUUUCAGGCAGAGUUCACACCUUAUGAGGCACCAAAAAAGUCACGCAGGGGAGAAACCAUUUCAGUGCUUGGAGUGCGGAAAGCGCUACAGUCGGCGCUCCGACCUUUUGGCACACCAGAGAAUCCACACAGGGGAGAAACCCUUUCAGUGCUUAGAGUGCGGAAAGUGCUUCAGACAGAGCUCACACCUUAUGAGACACCAAAGAAGCCACACAGGGGAGAAACCAUUUAAAUGCUCAGAGUGUGGAAAGAGCUACAGUCGGCGCUCUGACCUUUUGGCGCAUGAAAAAAGCCACACAGGAGAGAACCCGUUUAAAUGCUUGCAGUGUGGAAGAAGCUUCAGCUGGAGCUCGCAACUCAAGACACACGAAAGAAUCCACACCGCGGAGAAACCAUUUCAAUGCACCGAGUGUGGAAAGAGCUUCAAUCAGAGUGCAAACCUGAUGACCCACCAAAGAAUCCACACAGGGGAGAGACCGUUUAAAUGCUUGGAGUGUGGAAAGAACUUCAGUUGGAGCUCACAACUGAAGACGCACAAAAGGCUUCACGUUGUGGAGAAACCGUUUGAAUGCUUGGAAUGUGGGAAGAGCUUCAAUCGGAGCUCACAACUGACGUUACACGAAAAAGAGCACACAAAGGAGAAAGGGUUUAAAUGCUUGGAGUGUGGAAAGUGUUUCAAUUGGAGCUCAAAUCUGAUGUCACACCUAAGAACUCACACAGGGGAGAAACCCUUCCAGUGCUUGGAGUGUGGAAAGAGCUUCAGCCGGAGCUCACACCUUGUGUCACACAAAAGAAGCCACACGGGCGAGAAGCCAUUUAAAUGCACAGAGUGUGGGAAGAGCUAUAGGAAGAAAGAUUCCCUUAUUUCACAUCAAAAAAUCCACACGGGGUAGUGUGAAUGUCACCUGACAGGAAUGGUGGCUUAAGACCUUAGCUCGGUGCCAUGUAAUGACUUUAAAAGCACAGAACCGCUGUGAAAAUGCUGGGAAUCGCCAUUUGGAAGUACCAGCCCCUAAGAUAUGGAAUGAGGGAAGUACUGACACGUAGGCCAGAGAUUUAAAGUUCUGUCUGGGAUGCUUUAAGGUGGAUGCCUGCAUUAAGCAGGGGGUUGGACUCGAAGGCCUUACAGGCCCUUUCCUACUCGUCUAUUCUAUUAUUUUGGUGCCGAAAGCAAUCUUUUACUUCUGAAAUCUCCGACCCAAGUAUGACAGCUGAACAGGUUCAUCACAAUAAAGCUGAAACCACUCCAAAUUACCACAGCUUCUUACACGGAACGGCAGACCAACUUCUACAACAUUGUCAGAAGAAAAGGUUAUGGCACUGUGGGACAUGGCAAUGAAUAAUAAAAUUAAUAAUAAUAAUAAUAAUAAUAAUAAUAUAUUUAUUUAGCGCUUUCUCACAAAGCGCUGUACAUGAGAUGAAAUAGAUCUGCAGUUUACAAAAAAUUGAAUAAAUAAAAGAGGAGUAAUAAGUCAUGAUAAUAAAACGAUAAUCAGAAUACAGAAUGAAAACCUUUAAAAUCGGAUGUGUCAAGGAAGGCCUAUUUAAAUAAAAAUGUCUUCAGCAGGUGCCAGGGAGUUACAGGCAGGGAGUUACAGAGAGAGGAUUCGAAGCAGAUUGCAAGUCCAUGCAGAACCAUGGCCAGCGCUGGAAAAAGCAGUGAGGAUUAC